ACGCAUUCAAGUGUGUURUAAUAGGCACAGUAACUAUAAUGUGCGGUUGUGAUACAGAUAAGAGCAAAAUGGCUGUGAUAAAGCAGUGACAAAUACCGGUGAUAAGUGUAUUUGGAUUAAAAAUUUUGCAAAUGCUUGAAAAAUAACAAUAUGUAUUUUUCGCAAAAAAAUCCAUUAAAUUAAUUUACUCACUAUUGUGUUCAUUACUGAUUUUAUCAUGCAAUGUUUUCUGGCACUUCUUGCUUGCUUCUCACUAAUCGUACCCGAUUUUGUAUCAAGUUUGUUAGAAUGGAACUGUCGAAAUUUCACAGGUCCACCUUUUGAAAUUCAAUGUCCAACAAAUUUUUCGUUUUGGACUGACGAAGGGUUUGUUAUCAAACUAAUUAAAAGUAAAAGAAUAGAAAUUGAUUGUUACAAAAUGGAAACGUUUCGUUUUGAUUGGCUACCGAAUGUUAGUUUAGAGGGAGUAAAUAGCAUCUAUUUAAAUUCGUGUCCUGUGGCGAAGAAUUUUAAGUCAAUUGCGAAUCAUUUCUUAAAAGAACAAAUCAAAGAGUUUAAGUUAAGUAGUGUGGUAAAUGUUACCUUGACCAAAACACAUUUUGAGGGUUUUCAAAGUUUGACAAGUCUGAGACUGAGAAGAGUAACAUUUCAAAGUAKUGAUGAAAAAUUGCUUGAUAAUACUCCAAAUUUGGAUUACCUCGAAAUCGAAAAUAAUAAAAAUUUGAAAUUGGACAAAAAUUUCUUCAAAAACACUCCACUACUGCAAAGAUUAUAUUUGUCAAUGAAUCAWAUGGUGGACGUACCAAAACAUUUGUUCAAAAACUUGAACAAACUUAGAAUCUUGCAUAUGAUAUCUAAUAACUUGACAAAACUAAAUCAAGACACAUUCAAUGGAUUAAUAAGUUUGGAAUCACUGGAAUUAACUAAUAAUCUUAUUGAAAUAAUUACCGAAAACGCUUUUGAAUGUUUAACUCAACUCACUGAUCUGAAUUUACAGCAAAACUAUUURUCUAAAAUUCCAUCGAAUCUUUUCCGAAAUAAUAAAAAUCUGAAAAUUGUUUUACUAGCAUUCAAUCCARAUAUUACAAUACCGGAUUACUUAUUCGCUARUUUGUCGUCGUUAGAAAUAGUGGAUUUAAGUUUUUGUAACUUGAAUCAUUUACCGGAACACGUAUUUCAAAAUGCAGUCAAUAUAAGAACCUUGAAAUUGAACAAAAAUAAUUUYACUCACCUGGACAAAAAUGCGUUUARAGGGCUUAAUUUGGAGGAGCUGGAACUUGAACAUAAUUACAUAAGUGUGAUUGAGAAGGAUUUAUUGAGAGGGUGGCGAUUGAAGAAAAUCAAUCUUAGAAAAAAUCAAAUCAAGACAAUUCAGUAUGGAGCUUUCAACGAUAAGAGCAAUUUAAGGGAAAUAGUAUUGUCACACAAUCGACUUUCUAAAGGAAAUAUAUUUGAAGAUACUCGAAAUUUGCAACGUAUUGAUUUAAGUUUUAAUAACAUCUCUAGAAUUACAGAUGUAGUAGUAUUAUAUAAUUUGCCCAAACUGAAAAAAUUGGAUUUAAGCCAUAAUUUUAUAAAAGAAAUAAUGAUGACCAACUUACGAGCUUUAACAACUUUGGAAGUCAACCUCCGAUAUAACAAUGUAACCAAAAUUAGUUUUGACAAAUUAGACAAUAUAAAUAGUAGUGUCAAUAAAACCACCAUUUUAUUAGAAAAAAAUCCCAUAAURUGUAAUUGUGAGAUUUACGACUUUUUACAAUUUUUAGCCACUGAAAGAUUUAAGAAUCACUCAAAACURUUUGAUAUUUCUAUAAAAAAUUUAACUUGUUUCAAUCCACCAGAACUAAAAAAUGUGCAAAUCAGGAUGUUAUCACCCUCGAAUUUAACAUGUCUUCGAGAAAAUAUUUCGGAAAAAUGUUCCUAUAACUGGAGACCAUAYGACCACACUCUUGUUGUAAAUUGUUCUUUUAAGAAUUUAACAAUUUUUCCUGAAAUCGACUUUAGUAAAAUWUCCUCGCUUGGRUUUAAUCAGACUGAAAUGCAUCUUGAAGGAAAUCAUCUUACUUCGUGKCCUGACAGCAAAUUACCAAAUUACGAAAAUGUGACACKACUUUAUCUUUCGCAUAACAAAAUUGAAACUAUUUCUUGGUUACCACCAAAACUCAAGGUGUUACAAUUACAUAAUAACCAGAUACGACAAUUGGAUUUUAAAAUUUUGAAUUUGAUAGAAUCGUCAAAGUUAGUAAACUUGACUCUUAAUCAUAAUCCUUGGAAAUGUGAUUGUGAGACUGCAAAUUUGACUAAUUUUCUUCGACAUAACUCAAAAAUUUUGGACGCAAGACACAUUUAUUGUUUCAACAGUACAAACCGUUUGAUUGAGUUAAACCAGACUGACCUUUGUGACGAAUGGCAAGUCGUUUAUCUCGCCCUCACAGUCGUGGCAGUGCUCUUCUUCAUAGCCUUCAUUUUUGCCUUUUAUUACCGAUACCAACAGGAAUUAAAAAUCUGGCUCUUUGCUCACAAUUYGUGUUUGUGGUGGRUCACAGAGGAGGARSUUGAYAAGGACAAAAUCUACGAUGCUUUCAUCAGCUACUCRCACAAAGAUGAAGAUUUCGUCACUGAAAACCUUCUUCCGGUUCUUGAAGGUGGUCCUCAACCUUACAAACUCUGUCUUCACUAUCGUAAUUGGAUCCCUGGAGAAUUUAUUACAACACAAGUGACAAAUUCGGUGCUCGAAUCGCGUCGGACAUUAGUGGUGCUUUCGCCGAACUUCCUUGAAAGUGUUUGGGGAAAAAUGGAGUUUCGGACUGCUCACACUCAAGCAAUGACGGAAGGACGUGCUCGGGUUAUUAUUGUUUUGUACGGAGAUGUCGAUGUGGAUUCUUUAGAUGAUGAACUCAAAACGUACUUAAAAACAAACACUUAUGUGAAGUGGGGCGAUCCGUACUUUUGGAAGAAGUUGAAAUAUGCUUUGCCACAUUCAAGAAAAAAUGGUGCAAAUAAUCAAAAAAUUGCAAAUAUUAUGAAUUGUAUUGACAAAAACUUUAAGUUAGUUGCGCCGGUGAUAAAUUGUCCGGGGAGUAUUUCACCAGUUCUUGCACGAGAUCCAAAUAUGUUAAAACAUCCACUCAAUUUUGUAUCUAGUCAAAAAAUGGAUACUCCAUCUACUGAAGCAGGGUUGCUAAGGCUCAACUGAUUUUUUAAACUGUGAUUUUGUGCACAAGUUUAUUAAGAAAGAUUAUCGAAUUUUUUUAUGUUUAUUUAAACCUUUACCUAGUUUUAAAAAUGUAUAAAUACAAAAAUUCUAUGCAAUUGAUACGUUACUUACUCUAGUGUUAUACUUUUCAUAAAUAAAUAGCCAUU